CCGCACAAGUCUGAACCGUUGUCAACAUUCCCACAAAGCCCAAGAUGUCUGUAUCCACGAUUCCAAAGCUCGAAUCCAAAGCCGCGUACCUGAAAGCCGUCAUGUACGAGGGCGUGACCGUCCUCGAGGGCACCGCCACUUGGUGCGCGCAAUGCAAAGCCAUUGCCCCGGAAGUCCAGAAAAUCGUUUCUGAAUAUCCAGAUGUUCACUUCUAUACAUAUGAUGUGGAAGAGACGGAGGAUAUAGCUCAAGAAUUGGGUGUUAGCCAGAUGCCGACAUUCAGUAUCUUCAAGGAUGGAGAUAUUCAAGAGGGCGUGACAGGUGCUAAACCGAAAGAAUUGAGGAAGGCUAUUGAGGCGAAUCUGUAAUCAUUGACGGAGUGUCGACGGGAUUCUGUGAGAUGUACGGGAAAGCCGACGGGGCAUGGUGAUGGCAUCUCCAAGGACAUUGACGGAAUUUCGCUUUACACUCUCCUUCACCAGGGAAAGUCGAAUCCUCUAUCGCUAGAGUCUAUGGUGUGCAGGUCAUCAUAUUAGCCGUCAGAGUAACCGCAAAGCAGAGGAAGAGGUAGAUUGCAAGUAUGUUUGUAGUGGGCAAACAUCCACCAGAGUAGGGCGAAAUGUUGUCUCAUGUUGCGGAGGUGGAAGUAAUGUCCAUCACCCCGAAUACCGGUACGGGUUAAUUGCAAUGGAUGAACAUGGGAACCCCUUCUGCUUCGCCCUAAUUAGGACCUCGUUGGAGUCGCUUCUCACGCUCUCA